AUGGUUAGAGGGUGGAGCCAGCUGUACAAGAUUCGAAGGGGCUGCCCGAUUGCAUCUCACCUUCUAUACGCAUAUGAUACUCUUCUGUUCCUGAAUGGGAGUAGAGCGUCUUUGCAGGCGGUGAAGACUUUCCAAGAUUUGUUCCAAGAAGCUUCAGGUGAAAAACAGAGUCAGCGGGUGAAAAGCAAGAUUGCUAUUGCAAGCAGGCAAGAAGGAAAGAGUAAGCACUACUGGAUAGCUUGGAAGAAGAUAGCAAGGCCUUAUGAGGAAGGGGGCUUGGGUAUCAGAAAGCUAAAAGAAGUAGUCAAAGCAAUGAGACUAAAGAUGGUGUGGGAUGUGAAGUAUGGAGUGGAUAGCGGGCCGUGGGUAGAGCUCAUAAGAGUGAAGCAUCACGCAAAUCUUGAGUCGAAUCUUAAGGGAACUUCCUCCAAUGUCUCCUCCCCGUUAUGGAAAAAAAUCAAGGAAAUGCUCCCCACGUUGGAAGAUAACAUCCGAUGGCUCAUGGGCCAAGGGUCGAAAAAUCUGUGGAAAGAUAAUUGGUCAGGCUUGGGCCUGCUACAACAGAAGAAUCAAGGGGUGGAUCUUCUCCCUGUUUCAAAAACUCGAGACGACUUCCCAUCAAUCUCCAGACAGGGCUCAAUUCUAGGAAAGGCUGGCACAAACAACGGAGAAGAGCUGAGGGCGGUGUAUAAUGGCCUCCAGUUAUCACUGAACAAAGGUUAUAGUAACAUCAAGAUUGAUUCAGACUCAAAAUUUGUGGUUGACACUCUUUUGGGGAAGACAUCUUGCUCUUGGCAUUGGAGACACUGA